GAACUAAUAAGAUUUACUGUUCUUACUUCUAUUGUUUAUACUGUGUAUACGGAAUACUUCGGCCGGGUUGCGCUAUCCAAAAAGGGACUAGCGCCACAUCUCCGAAAUCUUUCCAACCCAUCAUUCGAAUUCCAUCGCGGCUGCUGUGAAAAGCCCGGACAGGUGAAUUGCCUCCGUUUCUCCCACACUUGCGGAUUUCAGCUCUUCGACUCACAAAAUGGCUUCAAUGCUACCAACUCGAGCGGCCAGGACCAUCGCCUGUUCCGCAUGCCGCACUAUCGUUUGUCCUAGCACGAUUGGAUCCGCCUCCCUCCUCCGGCGUAGUCUGUCGACAUCUACCGAGGAGACACCAGUCGAUUAUACAGACAAGCCUCGAUGGUCCUAUACCCCGCCUCUUGCAAAAGCUCCCUUCAGCUUGCGAUUGAAUACCAAGCGGCGUGAAUACCCCGUCAACGCCGAUCCGAAUGUCCUUGACGAAUUCUACAUCCGCAUGCUGGGCAAUGAUGGCGACAAGCUCCUUUCGGACGAAAUCAAGUGGCUUGCUGUGACGCACAAGAGUUUUGAUCAGGGUCGGAGAGGAUUUAACGACCGUCUGGCUUUCUUAGGACGACGGAUCGUUGAGCUACAGGCUUCUUUGGCCAUGGUGCAAAGCCCCGGAAGUGCGGCAUCCACCGCUGCCCCUGAUGCGUUUGACCGUGCGCCCUUUACGCACCCGGCAUUGGAGGGCCUGGAGAACCUCACCAGCCGUAAGAAUUUCUUGAUAGGUAAAGCACAGCUUGCGGAGCUUGCGCAGAAGUAUGAGCUGCAGAAGGUCCUGAGAUGGAAUCCUCGGAAGCCCAACAAUCUUGCCAGCUCCGGAAUCGAACUUGUUCUUGCCCAUACAAUGUAUGCGAUCGUCGGUGCCAUUUCCCUGGAGAAGGGCGGUCUCGUUGCCAACAAGGUGACACGCGAGCGGAUAUUAGAACCAUUGGGAUUCUAGGCUUAAGUCGGGAUAUCAUUGUUGGGAAAUGGCCGCAGGAG